GUAAAGGUGGCUAUGGAGGCUAACACGUACUGCAAAAUAAAAAGAUAUCAUGGCGUGCUGCAUAUGUAACCUACCAAGCUACUAGGAGAGUGAUCGCUCCUAGAUAUAACCUAUAAAUGUUUACGAUCUAACAAUCUCUAAUAAAUAGGGGUCAAAUAUUUUCGUUGAAAUAAGCUCGCCAAGCCAUAUCGAGUCAAAUCGAGUCGACUCUAAUACCAAAUCGUAUCAUUGUCAUGCUCUACGGACUGAUCGUACGCACCAUCAGUAGGUUUACCAACGGACAUCCGCGACCCAGCGGCUCAUAUGGAAUUGCGAAGUUGGUGUAGUUUCGGUAGCGGUGGCGGUGUAAGCACGAAUGCGAAUACGAAGUACCGUCGUACCUCUCUGCGUUAGCUUAAAAUGGGAGAUGCAUGGUCCGAUGUCUAACCCCCUAUCGAUUGGCCAAUCUCUUGCCAUCUUUUUACCAAAAAGGCUACUCACAGUCUACAAGCUAAGAGUGCAGUCGACAGUGUCAGUCGCGCGCGUUUUUAGCAAUGGGGCUUAUAGAAGAUAUUCAGGGACCUGUGUCCCAGUACAUGUCGCAACUGUCGACACCGUCACAAGUUGGCGUUAUCGCCGCUGGCGUUCUGUUCUUCUCUGUUUUCCUCAACGUUUUACAACAGAUUCUCUUCAGAAAUCCUAAUGAGCCCCCGGUUGUUUUCCACUGGUUUCCCUUGGUUGGGAGUACCAUCACCUAUGGCAUGGACCCUCCCCGGUUCUUUAGGGAAAAUCGAGCUAAGUAUGGUGACAUCUUCACCUUUAUUCUCCUCGGAAAGAAGACAACUGUUUACCUUGGCCCCGCCGGAAACGACUUCAUCCUAAAUGGAAAGGUUAAGGAUGUUUGCGCUGAGGACAUCUACACCGUUCUUACUACUCCUGUCUUCGGCAAAGAUGUCGUUUAUGAUUGCCCUAACUCGAAGCUCAUGGAGCAGAAGAAGUUCAUGAAAGUCGCUCUCACCACGGCCGCCUUCCAGUCGUACGUCCCCAUCAUUUCCGACGAGGUAACAAGCUACGUCAAGCGAUGCCCCGACUUCAAGGGCAAAUCGGGCGUAGUCAACAUCCCUAAGAACAUGGCCGAGAUUACCAUUUUCACCGCAUCUCACUCUCUCCAAGGCAGCGAGAUCCGAAACAAGUUCGACGAGUCGCUGGCUUCCUUGUACCAUGACCUAGAUAUGGGAUUCACCCCUGUCAACUUCAUGCUUCACUGGGCCCCCUUACCCUGGAACAAGAGACGCGACAAUGCCCAGAGGACCAUCUCGAAGAUCUACAUGGAUACCAUCAAGGAACGCAGGGCAGCUGGCAAGAGCGAUGCGCAGGAUAUGAUGUGGCAUUUGAUGAACUCGAGUUACAAAGAUGGCAGACCGGUUCCCGACCACGAGAUUGCACACAUGUUGAUUGCGUUGCUUAUGGCUGGUCAGCAUUCUUCGUCUUCUACAAGCUCUUGGAUGAUGCUACGUCUCGCUUCGCGCCCGGAUAUCAUGGAGGCUUUGUACCGCGAACAGGUUGAGGCUCUCGGUGCUGAUCUACCCCCGCUGGCAUACGAGGAUCUCGCGAAACUCCCACUGAACCAGGCAAUCGUCAAGGAAACCCUAAGACUUCAUGCGCCCAUUCACUCCAUUAUGCGCGCCGUAAAGUCCCCUAUGCCAGUCCCCGGAACUAAAUUUGUCAUUCCUACCAGCCAUACCCUACUUUCCGCCGGCGGCGUAUCAGCUACGGACCCUACUUUCUUCCCCGACCCAGACCGAUGGGAGCCUACACGAUGGAGCAAGGAUUCGCCUAUUGCACCGACAGUGAUCCGCAACGAUGUGGAGGAUGAGAAGAUAGAUUACGGAUACGGACUUGUUAGCAAGGGUGCCAACUCACCCUACCUCCCGUUCGGUGCUGGAAGGCAUCGUUGCAUCGGUGAGCAGUUUGCCAACGUCCAACUACAGACGAUCACAGCCGAGCUCGUUCGUCUGUUCAAGUUCAGGAACGUCGACGGAAGUGACAAGGUUGUUGGAACUGAUUAUGCUUCGUUAUUCUCGCGGCCAAUCGAGCCGGCUAAUAUUUUCUGGGAGAAGCGAGAUGCUUAAAGGGGAAGCUUUGGAAUCGAGAAGCAGGAAACGAGUUAUACUGAAUACCCCUAAACACCUAGAGUCCUGUACAUACAGCCUUUUAACUGGAUGACGACCACGAUCCGAGAUAGCCCAAGAAGGGUAUGAGAUGAAAGAAAGACACCAAAUAGCUAGAAUAAUAGUAAUAUCAGAUAUGAGUAUAAUAAUAUACUCUUUAUGAAAUCGUAGACCUGUGUUAGAACAUCAAUGCAAAUUUCCCAGAUUAAUCAUCUCCUUACCGUAUUACUAUAUAG